AGUUUAGCAUGACAGUUGCUCACCUAACAGCCGUUUGUUUACUAUUACGUCCAUUACAUAAAUAAAUGCAUAUCUCGCUGAAUUCAAGCACGUGCAGUUUCGAUUUUGACAUUUCCCUCACUCAUUUGUUAUCAGGAAAGUGCGGUUGUUAUUUAAUAUUAAGUUAUUGUUUGAAUUUGUGUCUGUACCAUAUUAAUAUAAUAUUAGUUAAUAAAAUGAAGCAGGUUCCAGAGUUGACGAAUUCACGUCCAGAAUUCAGAGAAGUUCCCACCCAAUUAAAUGAACACCUUUUAAAUUUAGGCGCACCACAUCUGGACUCAUUUGACCAAAUGCUUGAACAGGGUCUCUUGGAUUCUGCUAAAUAUAUGACACCGUUGGAAUUCAAUACUCCAGCUGGAGAAUAUGUUAAUUUAUAUAUCAAAAAUGUACGUAUAGAUCGACCGCAUGUGCCCUUAAAUGUAAUCGAUGUUAAAAAUCGAAACAUAUAUCCGACUGAAGCACGCCAGAGGCAUGAAUCAUAUGUUGGCAUGUGCACCGCCGUACUAGGAUGGAGUGUGAAUGGAAUUGAAAAAGCUCCAGUCGAUGUAGAACUAGGAGAAGUGCCAAUUAUGUUAAAAAGUAGGGCUUGUCACCUCCACAAUUUAACGCCUAAACAAAUGAUUGAAAAGGGAGAACACGAUUCAGAAUGGGGAGGUAUUUUUAUAAUUAAGGGCAAUGAAAAAAUUAUCAGGAUGCUGCUAAUGACCCGUCGAAACUAUCCAAUAACAAUUAAGCGUUCAAGUUGGAAAGAACGAGGCGUAAAAUUCAGCGAUAUCGGUGUACUAAUACGUAGUGUACGAUCUGAUGAAGUUUCAUUUAACAAUGUCCUGCACUAUUUAAAUGAUGGCACUGCAAAAUUAAUGUUUUCGCAAAUGAAAACUAUGUCAUACGUACCAGUUUGCCUCAUUUUGAAAUGUCUUGUAAACUUUACAGAUCAUGAAAUAUAUAAACGAUUAAUACUUGGAUAUGAAAAAGAUGAAUUUUAUUUAGCCUGUGUGCAAAGAAUGAUACAACAGGUACAUGAAGAAGGCUUUCACACACAUAUGGACUGUAAAAAUUACUUAGGAAAUGUUUUUCGGUCCAAGUUUUAUGAAGUGCCGUCAUGGAAAAGUGAUGCUGAAGUAACCGACUACAUACUGAAUGAGCGCAUCUUAAUACACUUGAGUACCCACAGAGAAAAAUUCGAUUUGUUGGUUUUUAUGAUACAAAAAUUAUUUCAAUGCGCGCAACAAAAAAACAAAGUUGAAAAUGUUGACUCUGUUAUGAUGCAAGAAGUAUUGCUAUCAGGUCACCUCUACCAAAAGUUCUUGAUGGACCGUGUAGAUAUUUGGCUUCAAAAUUGUAAAAGGUAUUUGCUAAAAAAGCUCGAAACCCCAGAUGCUUUACUUUCUGCACCACUUCUAAAAAAUUGUGUUCGCUUUGCGGGUAAAAUAUCGAGAUCAAUGGAAUCAUUUCUUGCUACAGGUAAUGCUCCAUCUCGCUCUGGAUUAGGAUUAAUGCAAAAUACUGGCUUAGUGGUGAUGGCUGAAAAUAUCAACAGAAUGAGGUAUAUGUCUCAUUUUCGUGCAGUCCAUCGUGGUUCAUUUUUUACAACAAUGCGCACAACCGAAGCUCGUCAAUUGUUGCCUGAUGCUUGGGGUUUCAUUUGUCCAGUACAUACUCCUGAUGGUACGCCUUGUGGUCUUUUGAAUCAUUUAACCGUUUCGUGCAAAAUAUCCACUUUACCGAAACAAGAACUCGUAGAAGCUAUACCAGCAGCACUAUUUGAUAAUGGCAUGUUCCCGUUGGAUUCCGAUUUUUUACCUGAUCCCUCGAAACUGUAUGUAGUGUUCCUAGAAGGCAAACAUUUGGGUUAUAUACGCAUAGUGGAUGCUGAAAAAAUUACUAACCAAUUACGUGCUUUAAAAAUCAAUGGACAAUUACCAGAAAUGUUGGAAAUAGCAUUCAUACCAUAUAAGAAAAAUGGUCAAUUUCCUGGUUUGUUUUUGUUUGUUAGUCCAGCGCGAAUGAUGCGUCCUGUGAGAAAUUUAGCUUUAAACAAGGUCGAGUACAUUGGUUCAUUAGAACAGGUAUAUAUGGAAAUUGCUAUUGACGGAAAAGAAGUCUAUCCUAAUUUUACAACUCACAUAGAAUUAUCAAAAACUGAUUUUCUAAGUAAUUUGGCUAAUUUAAUACCAAUGCCAGAUUAUAACCAAUCUCCAAGAAAUAUGUAUCAAUGUCAGAUGGGUAAACAGACGAUGGGUACUCCUUGUUUGAAUUGGCCAAAGCAAGCUGCAAAUAAACUUUAUCGACUGCAAACACCUACAACACCUUUAUUUCGACCAGUUCACCAUGAUAACAUAAGACUUGACGACUUUGCUAUGGGUACAAACGCGAUUGUUGCUGUUAUAUCGUACACUGGUUAUGACAUGGAAGAUGCCAUGAUUAUAAAUAAAGCAUCAUACGAACGGGGCUUUGCCUACGGCAGUAUUUAUAAAUCGAAAUUUAUUGAAUUAAGCGAUGGUAGCUAUUUUGCACGCAGUCCGGAGAUGCCAGAAUUGUUAAAGUAUCUUGAUAAUGACGGCCUUCCACAGCCCGGUUCACUUUUAACUACUGGAUGCCCAUUAUAUUGUUAUUUCGAUGUUAAUGACUCCACAUAUAAAGUUAAAAAGUUCGAUGAAAGCGAAGACAGCAUUGUGGAUAGUGUACGCUUCUGUGGAAGCUAUAAAGCGAAUUCACCGCGCAUGAUUUGCAUUACAUUAAGAGUACCACGACCGCCUACCAUAGGUGACAAAUUUGCUUCACGUGCUGGUCAAAAGGGCAUUUUGUCACAAAAGUGUCCAGCUGCGGACUUGCCGUUUACAGAAACAGGACUCAUACCUGAUAUUGUUUUCAAUCCUCACGGUUUUCCAUCUCGUAUGACAAUUGCUAUGAUGAUUGAAACAAUGGCAGGAAAAAGUGCUGCUAUACAUGGUCUAGUACACGACGCUACUCCAUUUACUUUCUCCGAAAACAGUACUGCAAUUGACUAUUUUGGCAAACUGCUCGAAGCAGGAGGCUAUAAUUAUUACGGCACCGAGCGUUUAUAUUCGGGAAUUGACGGUCGAGAAAUAGCAGCAGACAUUUUCUUCGGUGUGGUGCAUUACCAACGUUUACGUCAUAUGGUGUUCGACAAAUGGCAAGUACGUUCCACAGGUCCCAUUGAUACAAUAACUCAACAACCAAUCAAAGGUCGAAAACGUGGUGGUGGUGUACGUUUCGGAGAGAUGGAACGUGAUGCACUAAUAUCACAUGGCGCUGCAUAUUUAUUGCAAGAUCGUCUAUUUUAUAACUCUGAUAAAACAGAUGCGCUCAUUUGUUAUGACUGUGGCAGUAUUUUAGCACCGCUUGAAAAAAUAUUCAAACGCAACAGCAUUGGCAAACUACAGUCAGUACCUGGUACAUGUAGGCUAUGCAAUAAUGGAAAAAAUUUGGGCUACGUUGAAAUUCCAUACUCAUUAAAAUAUUUAAUCACAGAAUUAAGUUCUGUAAAUAUAAACGCUAGACUAAAACUUCUAAAAAUUUAAUUGUUUUUAUAUUUCUUUAAUAUAUUAAUUGUUUCUAUAUUUUUAAAUUGUGUCUUACAAACAAUUUUCUUGCUAUUCAUAUCUACAGAAAAUAACUUAAAUGAAUUAUUUUUCCACUUUUUUUUUUAAUUAUUUAACUAUUCAACAUAUUAACUACCUACACAAUGGUAGAGUUCAAUAGUAAUAUUUUAUAUUUACUGAUGUUCAGUUAUGGCAGAGUUCGAAAAAUAAUUGGAAAAAUAAAUUUUAUUU